GUUGCCAGCUGACCAUACCCGAUACAAUGCAGCCAGACGACUUCAGUUCUAAUGAGGACCCGCCUUCGACAAGGAGUUCCUGGUGUGGACAACCUGCACAACUAAUCUACGCCGGGUUCUCAGAAUCAGAGAGCGAUGAGCAAGGGAGGUUGACCGUCGCGGUCGCCAUCCGCAACGCGACGCAGCUGAUCGACUUUUUCAUCCACCACUUCCGUGACGCUGUGGCAGGCCUUCAGAUACCAUGCUAUGCGGUUGCAGAACUGCUUGCCCAUCUUCGUGGGUACAGCGAGAAGAACCAGGAGAAGUUCAUCGCGGUCGGCCUCCCGGAAGGUCUCGUGCAGAGAUGCCCUGGAUUGUGCUCCCGGCUCUGGCAAGACCUGGAUACUCUGCCAGUGGUGCUGAAGUACAAGGAUCAUUCCCGACAGCCGUAUGAGCAAGGAAAUCUAUCAAUUUUCGCGAGUUGGAAGGAGAAGACCGCGGAUGAACAGGCGGAUUCCAUGGCUAGGAAGUGCUUGAGGUCAUUUGGCGUUGGGCAUAUGAUUCACAACCAAAUCCACUUCAAUGGAAUGGUGGACGUCGAUAGGAGCUUCUGCAUACGCUUUGCAGAGGCGGAGGAUUACCAGCGGACGGUGAGCCCGGAGUUGUGGGCACUGGUCCAGACACUGGCCAAGGACCUGGUCGAGAGAAAAGUGAAGAUUGCGUUCUUCAGUAUGACGUGUCAAGGGAAGCCUGUUGUACAUACCAGGCACGCAUUGUUGCGACUUUGCCAUGUAUUGGGGUUGGAUAUCCGGUGGUAUGUCCCGAAACCGCGUCCGAACAUCCUCCAAUUGAUCCGAAAAAUGGAAGAUCUCAUGGAGGGCCUGGAAGGGCCAGAGGUCUACCUGGAUACAGACGACCAGCUCCAAAUCAUGGAAUUCGCCUACGAAAAUGCCCGACGGUACUGGCUCGAAGAGAAUGGUCCUCUGCAGUCGCGUAAACAGGGCGGGGCGGAUGUCGUCGUUAUCGACAGUGCCCCUUUGUUGACCUUGGCUCACCUGGCGAAGCAACAUGAUCCUUAUCGACCUGUCUUAUUUGAGAACCGAUUGCACGCUCCACCGGAUGUGCUGCGGCAGCAUUCCACCCUUCCUCAAGCAAUUGCCUGGCAAUUUGUGCAGACUAAGCUGGACCAUGUUGACACCUUGGUCACGACCCUACCCCGGGAACUCGCGCCGUCCGUUAUGCCAGAGGCGAAUGUAGGCUAUAUAUCGCCUUCUAUAGACCAACUCGACGGCUUGAACAAGCCCAUGGUCGCCGCCGACAUGGCCUUGUACGGCCAAAAGCUCAAUUCAUUGUGUAGAAACUUCGGAACCCCCGUUGUCCACUAUCCGAGAGAACAGUACAUCUUAAGCCUGUCGCAACUCCGUCCCGGAGACGGAACCCUCGCUCUCUUAGAUGCCUACGCGGCGUUCUGCACCAUAUCUUUGACGGACGACCCUAAGCUCCUCCUUCCCAAGCUGCUGAUCUGCCACCACGGCCCCGCCCAAAGAUCCCAGAGUUCUCCGCAGUACGAACAUCUCAUCUCCCACGUCCAGUCCAAGAUAAAACGAUUUGCAUCGCGGAUCUGCAUCGUCCAGAUCAGCCCCCAAGACCAGAUGUGGAAUACCCUGCUCUCAAACGCUUGGGUGGUGGUACAGCUGUCGCUCUGCCAAGGCAUCCCGGAGGUCCUGUUGUGGGCAAUGCAAAAGCAGAAGCCGGUGGUCACCACCGUCGCGGGAGGGAGUUUCUUUGCCGCGCAUGAGGAGUUGAAGGAGCGGAUGUUCUUGGUGGAGGAUGGCGCGAACAAGACGGACGUGGUUGCUCAGCAUCUAUAUAACUUGUUUGCCACUGAAAAGAAAACGGAAGAGCAUGCGAGUUCGAGUGCACAGCAUGGUUUGCCUGAGAGGUUUACUACGGUGGGCAAUGCGGCGUGCUGGCUGUUUCUGGCUUCUUGUCUGUCCCGCGAGACGGCGUUUCGGCUGAACGGGGAGGAUGUUGCCACGCUUGCAAGGCAGGUGCGUUCGACUUUGUAGGGGGUCUUUGUUGGGUACGUAUAUUUGAUAGGAACCUAUUGCUCAAAUGCGAGACAAAAUGCUAUUAGGAGAGAACCAAACAAUUUUGAAGCUUGG